UUUCUUAUUCGUGUUCGGAUAUUGGAUACUUACUCACUUCCAGCAUGUUUAAGUUAACGGCGUUCAGUACACUAAUCUUCAUUGCUGCUCUAGGCAAUGCUUCCUUCAUAGAAAAAUCAAAUUUUACCGAGCUAACUUCAAAGGAAAUUGAUAUCUGGGACUUGGGAAACCAUACCGAUGAGCUUGCCACUGACUCUGUAAAUCGUAUAAAUGGCGGACGGCCGGUAGAACAAAUUGUUCCGUACCAGGUAUCGUUGCAGGUGCUCCGACGUGGACGUUAUCACCACUUUUGUAGUGGUUCCAUUAUCAGCCCUCAGCACGUUCUUACCGCUGCUCAUUGCUUAACGAAGAUGAACCCAAAUGAGAUCAGUGUUGUUGUCGGUACAUUGACAUGGCGCUAUGGUGGCGAUCGCCAUGGGGUUGUAGCUAUGCGCUCCCACCCAGGUUUCUCAUCGAGUUCAUUAAUUAUUAAUGACAUUGCGGUGUUAAAGGUAACUCCGUCAUUCAAUUUGGCCAGAACAUCAAUAAGCACAAUUUCGCUGGGUAAUCGAGCACGUGUGGGUGAUAAAGUGGCAGUGCGUUUGACGGGCUGGGGCUCCCUGACGCCUACGGGAUCGACCGGUUUACCAGAACGAUUGCAAGUGUUAGAUUAUCACACCAUAUCGAACCAGGAAUGUGCCCAACGUGGAUUUCGCAUAACAGCCAAUGAGCUGUGUGCCCUCGGCGAAAGAGGUCGAGGUGCUUGUGUGGGUGACUCCGGAGGUCCACUUACAAUAACAAACGGCACACCACAGCUGGUCGGGAUUGUUUCCUAUGGCACCGCGACAUGCGCCCUGGGUCGGCCUGAUGUUUACACAAGAGUCUCAAGCUUUCUGCCAUACAUUAAUAGAGUAAUAAGCAGUGAAAUACCGUGAAGUUGUAAAACAUGCUAUUGUGAAAAUUAAAGCUUGAAAUUAGUAUUCAAACACUAGAUAGUUACAAAUUUAACUAAUGGAACUUUAAGAGGAAAAAACACGCGAAACUAAACGAACAAAUACAUAAAUAAAUAAACUAUGAUGCAAUAGCGACAAUGACAGUGACGAUAAGAACAAA